GUUAAUUUUAUGCCCUGGUUUUUAUUAAAUUCACAAUUUACCGCUCUCACGUGCACAUUUCUGCCCAAUAUAAACCAACAAUGUCCUACCUUUUUGUAGCAUUUCUGACAAUGCUAAAAUAUUUUCUGCCGAAUCUCAAGAGUUCUUAAACCAGGUGCAACUCAGUUGCUGCUCAACAGUAACAGCUAGCUAGUAGAUGGAAAAGGAAGGUAGCUAGCUAGAAGGUAGGUAUAAUUUUCUAUGGAAAGUUUUUCAUAUGGCUGAAGUCAUCUGUGUAAACUGCUGAUCUGGACACUUGUGUGUAAUCAGAGCACAAACAAAUAAGCUAGCAAACGUCCUCGGCUGCUUUUAUAGCCAGUUAGAUACACCAAACUUUGGGAACUUUGGGAAAACUGUCACGCUGCUAAUUUAUAAUAAAUGCACACACCAGAACAGAUGUGUUGAUCAUAAUGAUCAUUGUUUGCUUGCGCAACCUGUGCCAGUCAAAUGAAAACACCAUGCUUGCUAACUUGGUUAGCUAUGUAAUAAAAUGUUUUAGACAAAACAUUUUUACCAAGCAAGAGAAAUAAACAUUCAAUCAGUACUGAGUGAAUGAACAAAACAUUUUGCAACAAACGUGUACUGUCAUCAUCAGACUGUCCAUUUAAAUAGAGUCAAGUUGCCAUAUCUAUAACAGGGUUUGUAGCGCAAUGGUUAGAGUUACCGCCCUAAGAUUUGAAGGUCUACCGGAGGGGAUAUUUUGACCGUUCUCUGUCAUGUAUAGUUUUUGACACCUCUUUCCUGACACAAACACUGAUGCGCACACGCAUGGUGUGUGCUUAUUUUAAUGUAUUAGUUGUCUCUUAAAAGCGCCUUUGGGUUCAUUGAGUGGCAAGGGACAGGGAGUGUGAUGUGUAUUAGUACUAGUGCACGCAUCUUGCUACUACAGAGGAGAGAACGUGGAGAGACCAUCUCUCAAACUUUCAAGGACAGCGUCGUUGCCCUCAUCCGUCAGAUGCACGCCAUCCCUACGUUACAUGAUAAGUUGACAGGUUGUAAACAUUUCUUAUUUUCAGAAGCUAAGACAUUUGUUAAACCAGCCCAUGUGGAGCUGACAAACGACUUACGCGUAUUCAUAUGCACACAGUACAUCGCACACUAUCAGUAGCACUUAUGUAUGUUCUGUUCCAAAUCUGUGAGUACUCCCAUCUGCUUUCAUAUUUAUACUGCCAUUUAUAAAUGUGGGAAUGUGUGCUCUUUUACUGGAGUUGGACAAGUGUGUAGAGCAUUUCUAAGGACAUUUGUAGCUAAAGGAUUUAGAGCACCUAUCCAAUGUCAGAUUUGUAAAUAUUUAUUCUUAAAAGUGUUUUGUACUUGUCUAAUGACUUUGUAUUUUACAGGUGUUUCUCGGCAGUUUGUCAUUUGUCACAGAGUUUGUAUCAGGAGUUACCAAAAUGGCUAUUGACAAGCUGAGCCACAGGGUCAGGCAGGCUUUUUUUGUUCAAGCCCAGCGCUACCAAACCUGAUUCUACUACUCAGAUGUUCAUCAAGACCUCAGCUGUUCAUCGAGACCUUGAGUAGUAAAAUCAGGUGUGGUAGAACUGGGCUUCAACAAGAAAGCCUGCAGAACCCUGUAGCUCUUCAAAAGCAAUUGUGGCCAUCCCUGAAUUGUAUGUACAAAGUUUACUAUAUCUGAUGAAUGUAUGUUUGAUUCUAAAUUUAUAUUUUGUAAUAACUCACUGUUGUUUACAGGUAAUGUAGUAGAAGCCCUUUCCUCAGUAAACUUUAAAGUGUAUUUUCAUGUAAAUAGAUGAUAGCGUACCUCAUCACGCUGAUGUCCGGGAGGGCUCUCGCCUGGGCUACGGCAGUAUGGGAACAGCAGUCGGGCGUAUGUUUCAGUCUGGAGGAGUUCAUCGUGGCGGUGAAGAAAGUUUUCGAUGCUCCAUUGUCCGGGAGAGAGGCUGCCCGGAAGUUACUCCAGCUUCGGCAAGACUCCCACAGUGUGGCAUACUAUGCGGUGGAUUUCCACACAUUGUCAGCUGACAGUGCCUGGAACCUGGAAGCGCUGUUCGACAUGUUCCUGCACGGAGUAUCGGAGGAAGUAAAGGACGAGCUUGCAGCCCGGGAACUACCGACGGAUCUCCACUCGCUCAUCGCCUUGACCAUUCGGAUCGAUGGGCGACUACGGGAGCAAGGGAAGGAGAGGAGGUUCGAUUUAACUCGCCUGCCCAAGGCUUCCACCUCGCCUCUGAGACAUGCUGGAAGUCCCCGACGGCUCCAUUGCCGAGAGAAUCCGAGGCUCCCCGAGAUCCCCCGAGAGUCUCCGAAGUCUGCCAAUUCACCUCUUCCCGAACCGAUGCAACUAGGCAGAGCUAGGCUGUCCCCAGCCGAACGGCUAUACAGGCUUCACACGAAGAGUUGCCUGUAUUGCGGGACUACUGGUCAUUUCAUGGCCACCUGUCCACUAAAAGACCAGGCUCACCGGUAGGAGUGAGUACUCUGGUGGGCCAUAUGGAGAACUUUUCCUCUCUCCUUACUGGCAUCCCUUUUCAUGCCAUCUUGCUGUGGGGGAACCAGUCACAAUCUCUUCGGGUACUCAUCAACUCUGGGGCCGAUGAGAGCUUUAUGGACACUACCCUGGCAUCCGAUCUGGACAUCCCCACUCAGCCCCUGUCAAUUUCCAUGGACGUUAGCACGCUGGACAGGCGCUCUAUCGACCAGGUCACCCACAAUACCACCCCCAUCAACCUAUGUGUGUCAGGGAACCACAGUGAGACGAUCUAAUUCAUGUUUAUUAAGUCUCCUCAGGUUCCCGUGGUAUUGGGAUUAUCUUGGCUCCAGCGACACAAUCCCCUUAUUGACUGGUCUUCUGGUGCCAUCGUGGGCUGGAGCCCGUUCUACCAUGCUCAUUGCCUGAAGUCAGCAUAGCCUGCCCCAGGACGUCUUCCUGGGGGCUCGGAAGUUGCCCAGGACUUCUCCGCCAUUCCCGCUGAGUACCAGGACCUCCAGGAGGUGUUUAGUAAGGCCCAGGACACUUCGCUUCCACCGCACCGACCCUAUGAUUGCGGGAUCAACCUUCUCUCAGGCACCACUCCACCCCGGGAAUGACUGUACUCUCUGAGGACUCCCUAGCUGCAGGGUUCAUCCCUCCUUCUGCUUCCCCUGCGCCCGUGCAUCGCCUACCUGGACCUCAACAACAUCACGGUGAAGAACCGCUACCUGCUACUACUCAUCUCCUUGGCCUUUGAGCCACUCCAGGGGGCCACCGUGUUCUCCAAGCUGGACCUACGGAAUGCCUACCACCUGGUGUGGAUACGGGAAGGGGACGAGUGGAAGACUGCCUUCAACACGGCCAGUGGUCACUACGAGUAUCUGGCAUGCCAUUUGGUCUUACCAACACCCCUGCUGUAUUCUAGGCUCUGGUGAAUGAUGUUCUCCACGACAUGUUGAACCGGUUCAUCUUCGUCUACCUCGACGACAUCCUUGUUUGCUCCCGCUCUUCCCAAGAACACGUGCUCCACAUCCGACAGGUUCUCCCGACGCCUCCUGGAGAACCAGCUUUUUGUGAAAGCAGAGAAGUACGAAAUCCAUUGCUCCACCAUCCUCUUCCUAGGUUACAUCAUCGCUGCAGGGAGUGUACAGAUGGAUCCCGGGAAGGUGAGAGCAGUGGUAGAUUGGCCCCAGCCUAUGUCCAGAAUGCAACUGCAACAUUUCCUGGGAUUUGUCAACUUUUAUCGCCGCUUUAUCCGGCGUUACAGCACCCUGGCUUCCCCCCUGUCUGCACAGGCCGAUGCUUCAGAUGUCAGAGAGGGGGCUGUACUGUCCCAGCGUUCUCACCUGGACCUCAAGUUACAUCCCUGCGCCUUCUUCUCCCAUCACCUAAACGUCACGGAGAGGAACUACGAUGUGGGGAAUCGUGAGCUUCUCCCGGUGAAGAUGGCGUUGGAGGAGUGGAGGGCACUGGCUGGAGGGGGCAGAACAUCUGUUCAUUGUGUGGACAGACCACAAGAACCUGGAAUAUCUCCGCAACGCCAAGCGUCUCAAUUCCAGUGAAGCUAGGUGGGCCCUGCUUUUCACCUGGUUCAACUUCUCCCUCUCAUACCGACCGGUAUCCAAGAAUGUCAAGCCGGAUGCGCCGUCACGCCGUUAUAGCCCCGCGGCUACACCCACGGAACCCGAGGCCAUCCUUCCCACCUCAUGCCUGGUGACGGCACUCAACUGGGGAAUAGGGAAGCAUGUUCGUGAGGUGCAGAGUUCCCAGCCGUACCCAAGGGGGGGCCCAGAUAACCGGAUGUUUGUUCCUGGUGCUGUCCGCUCCUCGGUCCUGGAGUGGGCCCACUCCUCCAAGCUUGCCUGCCACCAAGGCUCCCGUCAGACCCUGGCCUUUGUGUGACAAUGUUUUUGGUGGCCUACCAUGGUUCCUGACAUCCCCGCAUUCGUCGCAGCAUGCACGAUCUGUGCGCGGUACAAGACUCCCCGGCAAGCUCCGGCUGGUCUCCUUCGACCUCUGCCUGUUCCUCACCGUCCCUGGUCUCACAUAUCCCUGGACUUUGUCACGGGUCUCCCCCUGUCUGAUGGCAACACCGCCAUCUUGACAGUAGUGCACCGGUUUUCCAAAACCGGCCACUUCGUUCCUCUCCCCAAGCUACCCUCUGCCGAAGAGACGGACUAUCUCAUGGUGCAGCACGGCUUCCAGAUCCAUGGACUCCCAAUGGACAUGGUCUCCGACCGGGGUCCUCAGUUCUCGUCCCUGUUCUGGAAGGCGCUCUGCACACUCAUUGGGUUGUCGGCCAGUCUGUCCUUCGGGUUCCAUCCCCCAGUCCAACGGCCAGUCGGAGCGAGCCAACCAAGACCUGGAGACGACUCUUCGCUACCUGGUCUCCGCCAACCCCACCACCUGGAGCCAGCAACUAGUGUGGGUCGAAUAUGCCCGCAACACCCUUCCUUGCUCUGCCAUGGGUCUCUCACCCUUUGAGUGUUCCCUAGGUUAUCAGCCCCCGCUCUUCCCGGAGCAAGAGGAAGAGGUCGGCAUACCCUCAGCCCAGAUGUUUGUCCACUGCUGUCGUCAUACCUGGAAGACAUCCCGGUCGGCUCUUCUCAAGACCACCUCAAGGUAUCAACGACAAGUGGACCGCCACCGGACCCCAGCUCCCCGGUAUCGUCUCGGGCAGAGGAUAUGGCUGUCCACCCGAGAUCUGCCCCUCCGGGUGGAGUCCCGCAAACUUUCCCCCCGGUUUAUCGGGCUUUUCCCCAUCUACAAGACCAUUAGCCCCUCUGCUGUUCGUCUUCUGUUGCCCCGUACCCUCCGUAUACAUCCCACUUUUCAUGUGUCUAGGAUCAAACCAAUGUCUCACAGCCUUUUGUCUCCUGUUUCCACGCCCACCCCUCUCCCCCGUUUCAUUGACGGCCAACCGGAGUACACGGUGAGGCAUCUCCUGAAGGUUCGACCUUGGGGCAGGGGAUUCCAGUACCUGUUGACUGGGAGAGUUAUGGCCUGGAGGAGAGGUUCUGGGUCCCCACCAGGGACAUCCUGGACACAGGCCUCAUCGCUGAUUUUCAACGCCGGCACCUCGGUCAACCAGGUAUGCGUUCAGGUCCCCCGUGGGUGAGUCGUCAGGUGGAGGAGCGCCAGACAGCGAGGUUGGGGCAGACGGUGCGGCUGGCGUGCCCCGUAGAGGGUGACCCUCCUCCCCUGAUCCUGUGGGUGAAGGACGGGCGUAACGUUCACCCGGGCUGGAGCCGCUACCGGGUGCUGAAACAGAGCCUGAAGAUCAAAGGGGUGGAGCUGGGGGACGCGGGGGUGUAUAUGUGCCGUGUCACCAACGGCUUCGGAAGCAUCGCCCUCAACUACACCCUCAUCGUCAUCGAUGACACUGCAGCGACCCAGACCGACGCUCCACCUGCCGUAUUGGAACCCAACGCUGAGCUCACCCAGCCUGACCCUACAGGAGAGCCCUGGGUGAAGCCUCGGUUCAGCCAGCCCACUAAGAUGCGAAGGCGGGUGCUGUACAAGCCGGUGGGCAGUUCGGUGAGGCUCAAGUGCCAGGCCACGGGCACCCCUCCCCCUGUCUUUACCUGGUGGAAAGACCAGACCCCUCUGCCUCCCCCGCGGCAGGGCAAGCGCCCGCAGUGGACCCUCACCCUGAAGAACCUGCAGCCCCAGGACAGUGCCAAGUACACUUGCCACGUCUCUAACCCAGCAGGGCACAUCAAUGCCACCUACAAGCUGGAUGUCAUCGAGCGCUCUCAUUGCAAGCCUGUUCUGACCGGCACCCACCCGGUCAACACCACCGUGGAGUAUGGCGGCACCGCCUCCUUCCAGUGUAAGGUCCACAGUGACGUGAAGCCCGUGGUCCAGUGGCUGAAGAGGGUGGACCCAGGCACACAGGACCGCUAUAACUCCACCCUGGAGGUCGGAGGGCAGCAUUUUGUGGUUCUGCCCACAGGGGAUGUGUGGUCCCGGCCUGACGGCUCCUACCUCAACAAGUUGGCUAUUGUCAAGGCCCGCGAUGAGGAUGCUGGCAUAUACAUCUGCCUGGGAGCCAACACUAUGGGCUACAGCUUUCGCAGUGCUUACCUUACUGUGCUGCCAGACCCUCAGGUGGAGAACACAGUGACGCCUCCCCACCUGAGCUCCGGCCUGCCCUGGCCUCUGAUCAUCGGCAUCCCUGCAGCAGCCCUCCUCAUCGUAGGCACUAUCGUACUCUGGCUGUGCCACAGCCGUCGGCUCCACAACACCCUGGCUCCCCGGCACAUACCUGUAGUCCACAGAGACCACCACAUCUCGGACAAAGAGCCCAGCACCACCACCCCCUGUAGUGCCCUGACUAGCCCUGACUACCCCAGCCAGAGACUGGUGGGCCUGGGAACCCCCGGCCUCAGUGGGCCCCCUAAGAUCUACUCCAAGGUUUACACAGACAUGCACACGCACACACACACACACGCCCAUGUGGAUGGUAAGGUCCAUCAACACCAGCAUUUCCACUACCAGUGCUAACCAGCCCCUUCCCAUCCCACCCCACACCUAUGGCCUUGUCUCCUAGCCACUGCUGCUAUUCUGACCCAACAAUGGACUAUGAGCAAGGGACAAUGAGCCAGGUAGAUGGAACCAAGGAAAGGCUUGUAGUUCAUAUGAACUACACCUCCCAUGAUAAGCAGUGUUAACACACCAUACAGUGGCAAAAGCCCUACCAGGUUGGAUCCUGGGAUAGGCAUGGACAAAUGUUACUAAGCUGCCUGCUAAUACCGCUUCAUUGAGAUGUCUCAGGGCAGGGAAACCCUCCCAUGUUUGCUAUCGAGUAAUUUAUGUUUUUUUAAUAUCAGACUAAGAUUAAACGCAAAUUGUAUUUUAAAGGAUGGAAAGGAAUGGACAAAUGAUAGAAUGUCUAUAUAAACAACAAAAUGCAGGGCACUCAAUUUAAAACAUAAAUAUUUAGAUGUGUGUUUGGAUGCAUGUAGCCCUGGAGAAAUCAUUCAUUAGUUACUGGGAGAAGUAUCAGGGUUAGGUUCCAUUUAGGUUAAGGACAUCCAAUUUACACAAAUUAGCGUUUCUAAUAGAAUUGACCCCAACCCUAUUAAAAAAAAUGAACACUCAUCUUAACAUGUACCUGUAUCCAAACAUUCAAAGUGUAAAGUAAUAUGAGGAACUUUUAAGCUUGUCUAAAUUGGAACAUUCAAGAUUUAUAAGCUUUUUAAAAAUUUGAAAAUGUAACUGUGACAGAUCAAAAUCUAGCCAAAAUGUUUACAAUGUGUUCCGAGCUUUUAUAUUCUCAUAAUAGUAACACAAACUGUGGUGUCCUCUGUUUUGUAAUAGGUGGUAUUAUUUUUAAGAGGUUUUGUAAUGUGUGUGUUUCAUGUAGGAAAGUACAGCUCAUCAGGGAAAUUAGAUGGAUGGAUGAAUGGAUGAGGUGAAAAAAAGUGUUUUUUUUAUUCAGAUAUUGUAUAAUAUGUAUCCAACUGUGCCUGAAAAAUGCAGUAAUACUAUUAUUUACCCUGUACCGUGCCUGUCAGAUGCCAAGUUCUUUUGCAGCGCUAUAGAUGUGUAUAUUACUUACAAUUCUUGUGAGGUAUAUUGUUGUAUAAGGUAGGACAAGUAUUGUACUGGACCUUUUGUCAAAUGGUUUUAAAACUCACAAAAAAGCUAUUUAGCUGUGUUUUUAUUUUAUUGUUCUAUAUUUAUUUGUAACCUACAUUACUCUUCUGUAGCUCAGUUGGUAGAGCAUGACGCUUGUAACGCCAGGUUAGUGGGUUUGAUUCUCGGGACUACCCAUAUGUAAAAUGUAUGCACGCAUGACUGUAAGUUGCUUUGGAUAAAAGUGUCUCCUAAAUGGCUUAUAUUCUUAUUCCAGGUUGGAUUGACCUAUGGGUCAUUUAGACAAAAAUAUGACAAGUGUUGAUUGUAUUGUUAAGUUGAAUUACAGAUUUUACUGGCCUAGUUGUCUCAUAUUUUAUUAAGAAUCUGACCAUAUGCUUUAUAUAUUUCACAUGUUUUUAUUUCUUGAAAAACAUGGCAACUAUUACAAAGAUAAUUUAACAAAGAGUCAUUCACCCUACCCUCAAGUAGUCAUAAAUCUAGUACCCAAGUGUUUUAAAAUUGCCAUGUUAAUCUUAUGCAGUUACUCUGAAACAUUGCAUGAUGCAAACUCACUCUGGUGCUCAUGUAAAUUUAGUGCUGUACAAUAAUAUUUUUGUAAUAAAAAUGGUUUCUAUA